UCCACAUCUCGCCGGGGAAAGGAGGCGACUGUGAAGUCUGCUGAGAGAGGGCAAGGGCGUAUGAGACAGCAAAAAGCUAGCUUUCUUCAUUAAAACCUAUACUGAUAGAAGGAGAGAGAGAGAGAGGGAGUCUUUUGUCACGGCCAUGUCGUGUUUUGUGAGCGAAGAAGUCCGCAUGCAGCGGCGGAUCAACAAAGAGAUUGAUAGACAGUUGUUAAGAGAUAAAAAGGACAUGAAACGAGAGCUAAAACUUCUCCUUUUAGGGGCUGGUGAAUCUGGUAAAAGCACCUUUAUUAAACAAAUGAGAAUUAUUCACGGAUCUGGCUACAGUGUUGAAGACAGGAAGCAAUUUGUGACCCUCAUAUAUCGCAACAUGUACACAUCACUCCAAGCCCUCACAACUGCAAUGGAAAGCCUCAAAAUACCAUAUACCGACCCUCAAUCUCAGAGCUAUGCAGAGAGUAUCUCAACGGUCAAUCCCGAGACGGUCUCUGAGAUACCAGACGAUCAUAAGGAGGCGUUCAAGUGUCUCUGGUCAGAUGAUGGGAUACAGCAAUGCUAUCAGAGAAGGAGAGAGUUCCAAUUAUCAGAUUCUACUAAAUAUUAUUUAGAUGAUGCUGAGAGACUGCUUGCACAGGACUUUGUUCCCACGACACAAGACGUGCUAAGAGUGAGAAUUCCCACGACUGGAAUCAUUGAAUAUCAUUUUGACAUUAGAAAUGUUAUAUUUAGAAUGGUGGAUGUUGGUGGUCAGAGAUCAGAGAGAAGAAAGUGGAUACAUUGUUUUGAGAAUGUAACGUCAGUCAUGUUCCUAGUAGCAAUAUCAGAGUAUGACCAGAUACUAGUCGAAACUGAUGAGGCUGUCAAUAGGAUGGAGGAGAGCUUGGCUUUGUUUGAGACCAUCAGUCGCUAUCCGUGGUUCCGUACUUCUUCCGUGAUACUCUUCCUCAAUAAGAAGGAUCUACUCGAAGAGAAGAUAAUGAUUUCCGAUCUUUCUGAUUAUUUCCCGGAGUAUAAAGGUCCAAGGCAGAAUUACAAAGAAGCUCGGGAGUUCAUCGCUCGUAUGUUCAUUAACAUCAACCCACAGAGGUCAGCUGAUAUUUAUCCCCACUUCACCUGCGCCACAGAUACAGAGAAUAUUAAAUUUGUUUUUGAUGUUGUAAAGAAUCAUAUAUUACAACAGCACAUUAUAGAAGUUAUUCCAGGCCUCUAGAGAAUAAUUCUUAUAGCAAUAAUGAUACUAAUGAAUAAUGGAUAAUAAUAAUUAUUAUUAAAAC